CGCUUCGCGGCGGCAUCGAUCGGCAGGGUCGGUCCUAAACCCCCCUCCCUAAGGCGCGGAGGGCCCGCGCGCGCGCGCCGGCGCGAGAACCCGCGCCGUUCGCGACCGUCGCGAGAGAGGGAUUCGCGAGAAAAAGAGCUCGGCCGUCGAAAAAGCCUUCCUUAAUCGCGUCGACGUCGAAUCCGCCCGUCCGCGGGACGCGAACGCUCCUCGCUCGCCCGCCAUGGACGUCCAAGAUGGCACGUCGCUCAUGUCCGCCGCGUCGUACGAGGAAGCGAAGUGGCGCCGCGUCAUCGUCCAGUCUUCCUGCGGGAUCGCGGUCUUCGUCGCCGUCCUCAUCGUCACGCGCGUGUGGACGUCCGUCUCGAGCACGAGAUUCUUGCGCCGGAGGCAGAUGAACAAGGUCGACACGUGGUUUUGCGUCCUAGACAUCUUGACGUCCUCGGCGUCGCAGUGCUGCUUCAUCGCGCAGGUGUACAUCCGCGAGUACAACGUCGUGCUCGUCGUCAUCGAGCUCGCGUUCGCGAUAUUCUACGGCGCGUCCAUGUACCGACGAUUGUGGUUGAAGAAUUUUAACUUCAGCGUCGCCUUCACCGCGGUCACGUUCCUCGACUGCUACUCCAUCGGCAUCGCGCUGUACCAGGAGUUCAGCGAUCAGCCGACGUGGCUCACGCCGCUGUUCGUGCGAUCCAUGGCGGCGCUGAUCCGGUACAAAGAGCUCAUGAACCUCGGUCUGCUGAACGACUACUUCGGGGAGGUGAAGCAGAGGCUCAUCUUGUCCAUGUUUCGGUUCCUCUGCGUCACCUUCUUCUUCGCGUCCGGCGGGUUCGUGCUCGAGAUUUUGGGCGACCUCAAGAUCGACUGGGAUCGCAGCGGCGGGAGCACGUUCGUGGAGAUUAACCCGGACUACGAGACGACGUUGAUGAAGCAGAUUUACUUCGUCGUCGUCACGCUCUCCACGGUGGGUUACGGCGACAUCACGCCGUCGACGUCGAUGCAUCAGGCGUUCGCGAUCGUCAUGAUCGUCACCGGCGUCGCGUUCUUCUCCAGCGAAGUGCGCGCGAUCAUCGACAUGCAGCACCAGAUCGACAGCGGCAAGGGGCAGUACCGCCGGUCGCGGUUUCGGAAUUAUCACAUUUUGGUGCUGGGAGGCGCCGUGGCGAGCGGGUCGUCCACGCUGGAGAUCUUCCUCGAGGAGCUCUUGCACCCGUCGCGGCCGACGUCGUCGCUGCCGGACGUGGUGCUGAUGACGGAGCACGAGCCGAGUCAGGGGUUACGGAGGGUGAUAACGUCCCCGUUGGGCGCGUUACACGUCAAGUACAUUCGCGGGAGUCCGAUGGAUCAGAGCGCGUUGCUCAGGGCGGACGCGGCGAACGCGGACAUGGCGUUCGUCUUGAGCGACCUGAGCGUCCUCGAGUGCGACUCGCACGCGGAGGACGAGGACACCAUCCUGCGCGCGUCGUUGCUGCAGCGGCAGCUCCCGGACAUGCCCGUCAGACUGCUGCUCAUACGCCCGUGGGCGAAGGAGAUGGCCAAGAUGGCGGGCAUCAACCCCAUGUGCUGCGUCACCGCCGGCGCGCUUAAUUUCGCGCGGAUGGCGCUCUCCGUGCGCUGCCCCGGCGUGCCGGUGUUGCUCACGACGAUGUACAGCAAGCUCGCGGGGGAUUGGUCGCAGCUCCCGAGCAGCAUGAAGCCGUGGGUCCGCGAGUACUUUACGUCCAUGCGUCACGACGUCUACGGCGCGCAAAUCGGGGAAAAGUUCC